CAGAGUCAUUUUUCUUCGCUUAACUCAUGUGUCAGGUAUACUUUUACCUCAAAUAUAUCCAAGAAUGGCUUUCCAGUGUCAACGAGACUGCUAUAUGAAAGAGUUUGUUACCUCUGUAGUAUCCUGCUGCCCAGCUGAGCUCAAACAUGAAAUCAGUGGAAAGAAAGAAACACUUAAGGGCUUCAAUGUCAAGCUCCAAGAUACCAUCUUGUUUCCUGAAGGAGGCGGCCAACCAGAUGACCACGGGCUGAUUGGAGAUGUCCCAGUCUUGAGGGUGACGAGGCAGGGACCUGACGCCGUCCACUUUGUGGCCUCACCUCUGCAGGUGGGUCAGGAGGUGCAGGUAAAGGUGGACUGGGUGAGGAGGUUUGACCACAUGCAGCAACACUCAGGUCAACAUUUGAUCACAGCUUUGGCAGAUAACCUUUUUGGAUACAAGACCACAUCCUGGGAACUGGGGCGUCAGAGAAGCACCAUUGAACUGGACACUCCCUCUGUGAAGCCCGCCCAGCUCCAGGCUCUGGAGGAAGCCAUAAACGAAAAGAUCAGAGUCCAUGUCCCUGUCACCGUUCAGCUCCUCUCUAUAGAUGAUCCCGCUGUGGAAAAGGUGAGGAGUCGGGGGCUGCCAGACGACCAUGCAGGGCCGAUUCGGAUCAUUGAUAUCGAGGGCGUAGAUGCCAACAUGUGCUGUGGAACCCAUGUGUCUAACCUCAGUCACUUACAGGUAAUUAAGCUACUGGGAACUGAGAAAGGAAAGAAAAACAAAACCAACCUGAUCUUCCUGGUAGGAGACAGGGUUUUGAAGUAUGCUGAGAAAAGCUACAGCACAGAGCGAUCACUGGUGUCUCUCCUGAAAACUGGACCCGAUGAGCACGUUGAGGCUGUUGACAAGUUGCAGAAAUCUGUUAAGCUACUACAAAAAACUAACCUGAGCCUUCUACGAGACAUGGCUGUUCUCAUCACUCAGAACUUUAAGAACGACCCCCAGAGAGGCAACUUCUUCAGUUUGCACAAGAAAGAGGGUGACAAUGAGUUCAUGAAUAUCAUUGCCAAUGAAAUAAACACUGAGGAAACUUUGGUUUUCCUGACUGUCGGAGAGGAGAAGGGACCUGGUUUGUUUCUAAUGGCUGGACCCAGUGGACAAGUGGCUGAGAUGGGGGCGCGGGUGUUAGAGAUGCUCCAAGGGAAGGGGGCGGGGAAAAACGGACGUUUCCAAGGAAAAGCCAACAGCCUGGCUAGAAGAGGGGAGGUUGAAGCUUUCCUGCAGCAGCACUGCAAACAUCACACCUCAGAGGAAGAAUAAACUCAGCAAUGGUUCAAUAUGAGAAACAAAUGUUUCUUAGAGAAACAAUACAUUUAGAAGGCAAUAAGGAUAGCUUACCUGAUUGUUUGAGGUAUUCUUAUUUUGUUGUAAAGACUAAAUGGGUUAAAGUACUGUACAAAUACCAAGAAAUGAAUCAUUUCUGUUAAAAUGUAUAUAACUGGGACUUGUGUACAACAUGUGCUGUACAUAUUGUCAUGUGCUGUUUUUAUUCAUUUAAAACUUAUCUGUUAAACCUUAUUUUCUGUCAUAUCCAAUCAAGUCCUUUUUUAUCCAGUUAGGUUUUUUAUAUGCAUGUUGGGGCUGUACUAAAUGCCCAGCUCAAGGGCACGUCAAUGUUAAAUUUAGAAACAGACGAUUAACAUUUUAAGAGUCCUGCUGCUCAUAUUGUUCAGAGCUGUUUUAGACAAUGCACACCAACACCAGUUGAAGAUUUUUUUCAUAUUUUUAAUUUAAAAGACCUGUGGAAAUAUAAUGUACAAAAGACAGACACACUUAACAUGACUGUUGAUAGCUGAAGUCUUAAUUUGUUUUGGCACAAUUACUUUGAUCAGGAAAAUAGAAACCCUUGUAUAUUUUAAUGCAGCAGUCCUGUAAUAAAUACUACCUUGGUGAAA